AGAAGAUUGAAGUGCGGCAAUGCUGAUCUCUUCGAGGAGGGACGCGAUGUACUGGAUCGGCAUGCAUAUGGUGCCCAACAUCGUCGGCGUCGCCCGGUUCACCUACGGCUUUCACCGGACAGGGGCGGAUGUGGGUCGCAUCUUCGAUAUAUGGCUGGGCGCCGAGUCCUUCGCCAACAUCUGCAGCGACAUCGCGGUCAUCGGGCUUCUAAGAAAAGCAGAAGCGUCGCAGGGAGCCGACGUAGACGCCACACACAUGACUCGUGUCCUCGGUGCGUUCGUGACGUGGAACACCGUGGCGUUGCUGCUCUGCUGCGGCGGCAACCUGGCCGGUCUACGCUUCCCGCCCAAGUGGUAUACAAACAUGGACGCCGAUGCGCUUUCCUUCCAACAGCGGACGAAGAUUGCAGCAAUUGGGGCGCCUAUCAUCGUACUCGCAGCACUUUGUAAGCUGUACUACACAAGUAUGCUGUACGAUUUCUACAGUUCCUACAAAAUGACAACGGUCACGGCGCACGAGGAGGCGCUGGUGGAAUCUGCUUCCAUGGGACAAGUAGAAAAGCGUCCAGCGUCCAGAAAUCGGACUAGCGAUGACAUCACUUCACCCCAUCACGAAACAGCCAUGGACGCUAAAGUUAGAAAAUCAUCUACAAAAUUGCAGGCGCGCAGUGGCAGGUUGCUCCCACAAUCCCCGGACGGCGAAGACCACUUGACCACCAUAAUUCCGCCGGCGAGGAUCCGAAAGCUCUCCGACCGUUCGCGCAGGCAGUCGAUCGCCAGCGAGUGUCAUACGGGCGCGAGCUCCAUCGCGAAGUCCAAGUCGGGAAGGACGAGGAGGCAGUCCACUGCUUCGCAAUUUGCACGGACCAUCGACGACGCGGACGCGACGAUCGGCCGGCCAGUGCAAGGACGCUCGCGACGAAUGCCCAGCGCCCUCCGCGGUGCCAUGGCAUCUGUUCAAUCGGCCAGAGGCAGGCGACAGUCCGGCGUCGCUGCCGAUUCGAGCGCCGCUCCCGACGCGUCCCGAAAGCAGCGCCCUCGGUCGGCCGCUGCCGGCGCCGCCGCGCGGCCGCUCCUCGUGAGCGUCGGCAAAUCCGGACAACAGGGUUCGACGUUCACCGAUGCGAAGCUGCUCGCCAAAAUUCUCUCUCGUCGGCAGACCGCCAGGGGUGGAGGCUCGAGAGGGUCCGACGGAGCGUCCGCGGGCCGCAGGUCCAGCAACCUGUCGUCGAGCGCAACCGCGGGUUCCGAUCACCCCGUAGCGGACGUCCCGCAAUGUGGAACGCGCACUCCUCGGCAGUCCGCCUCGCCAGACGGCGUCACCGCAACUUUGCCUGUCCAAAACUCGGCCGGUCAGUUGCCCCAGGGGCCCCUCCCAACUGACGAAGCGGGGGCCACGGCCGACGCUGGCUUGGCCGAUCGGGCCCACGGCACCGCGGUCUAGAGCCCGUGCCUAUAAAGGGUGGACCGCUAAGCGCUGGGUGAACGCCUGUGCAGCGAGCAGUGUCCCUGCGCGGCUCUUGAAGAGCUGUCACUCGGCGCUGCAAGACAGCAGGGACGCGCAAUCCUAUCGCCGGUGACGUGUCACAACGACGCCGAGCGGUUGCUUCGCCUUCACCUAUAUUACAUUUAUUAUAACGUUAGCGGAGGCACCGUUCAGCCUUGCAGACCCAAACGUACCGUACGCGCGGCGGUAUAAAAUGAUUUGAAACAGCAUUUUUCGCGAACAGGCGUCCAAGUAUUCUGAGUACACCUCCUUUGUAACGAUUUCAAUUGCUUGGGUUCAUAGUACGUAAUAAACAUGCAGUAGACAGUGAAGGCACUAGCUAGAGCGGUGAGGUCUGAAUAUUUGCGCAGAACAAAAGCAUCACUCUAACUAAUAAACACAAUAAACAUGUUUCAUCUUCAUUGGAAAAUACUUUUUUUGCGAUAUCAAUUAUAUGCGCGCUCCAAGCAAAUUUUUGCCGUUGCCGUAAGGUUCCAUAUAUGUAUAGGUAUAUAUCUGCUAUAUGCCAUACCGUGCAACAUGACACGAGUCGUAUCCUAUCACUAAAGUCACCCGUACCAGGUCUUACAUUCUUGAGAAAAUCGUUAUUCAGAAUUUGGAAAAUGCCACGCCACAAAAAAUAUCGCGAAUCAAAACACACAGAGCGCAUGCCCGUUAUCUUAAAUCUUGUGAGAUCUAAAUGUUAAAAUUGCGAAACCAUAACAGAGCUCGAACCUGAGAAUGAUGGUAAUUUAUUGCCGUGGUUGUUCACAACCUCCGGAAUUGGCCCAGGAAAGACGUUUUAAGCAAACCCGAUACUGCAAUGUGGUGGUGAAGUCGCUAAGGCAGACGCUGGCCUUAAUUAAUAAACAUAAGUGAAAUUGUCCGCUGGCUGGAUUCAAACAGAGCACAACUCUUCGUUUUCGCUUAGUCGGCUUACGUUUACUUCAAUUCAUACUGCCAGUAUAGCUACGAAUCAUUUUUUUACAGAUACUGCAAUCACCGAAAGGGAUUUUAGUAGUGCGGUACAAUAAAGUCAUACUCAAUGGCAAGCAUGCUGAAAAAAAGUCGACUCAAGCUAACGAGAAUCCCACAAUGCUUACAUAUGACGCG